UUCUUCAGAACGCUUUAUAACCAGCCAAUCGCUGGUCACUUCGACACGCCCUUUAAAUGUUCGUUUUUUUUAUGAAUGCAAGUAAAACAGUUAGGGAUUAACUACAAUUUUGUGAUUGUUGUUAUAUUAUACUAUUUUAUAGUGUUGUCGUAAUUUGCUUUCCUUAUUAUUUAAUAUAUAAUUGAAAAUUUAGAAACAAUAUAUCAUGACUGAACAACAAAUGGACUGUGCUUUAGACUUAAUGAGAAGAUUACCUCCUCAACAAAUUGAGAAGAAUUUAAGCGAUCUCAUAGACUUAGUUCCUUCUUUAUGCGAGGACUUACUUUCUUCUGUAGAUCAACCUUUAAAAAUAGCAAAAGAUAAGGAAUCUGGCAAAGAUUAUCUUCUUUGCGAUUAUAACAGAGAUGGGGAUUCUUAUAGAUCUCCAUGGAGCAAUACAUAUGAUCCACCUUUAGAAGAUGGAUCGAUGCCUUCUGAAAGAUUAAGAAAAUUAGAAAUAGAUGCUAAUCAUGCAUUCGACCAAUAUCGGGAACUUUAUUUUGAAGGUGGUGUGUCUUCCGUUUACUUAUGGGAUCUCGACCAUGGCUUUGCUGCUGUUAUAUUAAUAAAAAAAGCUGGUGAUGGAUCUAAAAAAAUUAAAGGUUGCUGGGACUCGAUACAUGUUGUUGAAGUGCAGGAAAAAUCAACCGGUAGAAAUGCGCAUUAUAAAUUAACUUCAACUGCGAUGUUGUGGUUACAAACAAAUAAACACGGUUCAGGUACUAUGAAUUUAGGAGGCAGCUUAACCAGACAGGUGGAACAAGAUGCGCAAAUAAGUGAAACAUCACCUCAUAUUGCUAACAUUGGUAGAAUGGUUGAGGAUAUGGAAAAUAAAAUUCGAAAUACACUUAACGAAAUUUAUUUUGGUAAAACUAAAGAUAUCGUUAACGGUCUAAGAUCUGUUCAAUCUUUAGCAGACCAAAGGCAACAAGCAGCAUUAAGACAAGAUUUAGCUGCAGCAUUACAAAGGCGAAAUGCUAAUAACUGAUUACAAGAAAAUAACAGCUUCGAUUAUCAUUGUGAUAAAGCAAAACAAUUAAAAUCACACAUACACAAAUUCAUGGCAACACUGUUAUUUCUACACUAGGUGAAAAAAAAAAGAAAAAAAAA